CUCUCAGUUUGUUCACAGUUCUCAAAGGGAGUCUAUGCUAUCUUUGGCUUUUACGAGAGGAGGACUGUCAACAUGCUCACAUCCUUCUGUGGGGCACUACAUGUCUGCUUUGUAACACCCAGCUUCCCUGUCGACACAUCGAACCAAUUUGUUCUUCAGCUGCGCCCAGAACUGCAGGAUGCCCUCAUCAACGUUAUAGAAUAUUACAAGUGCCAGAAAUUUACAUAUAUUUAUGAUGCUGACCGAGGACUGUCAGUUCUUCAAAAAGUGUUGGAUACAGCUGCAGAGAAAAACUGGCAGGUGACAGCUGUCAAUAUCAUGACAGCAACAGAAAAGGACUACAAAACACUCUUCCUGAAUCUGGAAAAGAAGAAGGAACGGGUUGUGGUGGUGGACUGUGAAGCAGAGCGACUAAAUGCCAUCUUGAGCAAGAUUGUCAAGAUUGAAAAUAACGGGAAAGGAUACCACUAUAUUCUUGCAACUUUGGGUUUCAUGGAUAUUGACCUGGAGAAAUUCAGGACAAGUGGAGCAAAUGUGACUGGCUUCCAGCUGGUAAAUGAUACAGAUACCAUCCCAGCCAAGAUCAUGCAACAGUGGAAGAACAAUGAUGCCAGGGAACAACCACGUGUUGACUGGAAAAAGCCAAAGUACACAUCUGCUCUGACGUAUGAUGGGGUUCGGGUAAUGGCAGAAGCUUUUCAAAGUCUCAGGAAACAGCGAAUUGACAUCUCCCGUCGUGGAAAUGCUGGAGAUUGCCUAGCAAAUCCAGCUGUUCCGUGGGGACAAGGGAUUGACAUCCAGAGAGCUCUACAACAGGUGCGUUUUGAAGGAUUGACUGGUAAUGUCCAGUUUAAUGAGAAAGGGCACCGGACCAAUUAUACCCUUCAUGUGAUGGAAAUGAAAGCGGAAGGCAUCAAAAAGAUAGGUUACUGGAAUGAAGAUGAAAAACUUGUUCCAACAGUCACUGAUCAACAAGGUUCAAAUGAAACCACAAUUCUUCAGAAUAGAACUUACAUUGUUACAACUAUUCUAGAAGCACCAUAUGUGAUGAAUAAGAAGAGCAAAGAGAAGUUGGAAGGAAAUCAGAAGUAUGAAGGAUAUUGUGUAGAGCUGGCUGCUGAGAUCGCAAAACAUGUUGGCUACAACUACAGCUUGCAGAUUGUUAAAGAUGGAAAAUAUGGAGCCCGUGAUCCUGACAGUAAAUUAUGGAAUGGCAUGGUUGGGGAGCUGGUAUAUGGAAGAGCUGAUGUGGCUGUUGCACCAUUAACCAUCACACUAGUGCGAGAGGAAGUCAUAGACUUUUCCAAACCAUUUAUGAGCCUCGGCAUAUCUAUCAUGAUUAAAAAACCACAAAAGUCCAAGCCUGGGGUCUUUUCCUUUCUGGAUCCCUUGGCUUAUGAGAUUUGGAUGUGCAUAGUUUUUGCAUACAUUGGAGUAAGUGUUGUCCUCUUCCUGGUCAGUCGCUUCAGCCCUUAUGAAUGGCAUAACGAAGAGCUUGAGGAAGGUCGAGACCAGCCAGCUAAUGACCAAACAAAUGAAUUUGGAAUAUUUAACAGUCUAUGGUUCUCCUUGGGAGCUUUUAUGCAACAGGGAUGUGAUAUAUCUCCAAGAUCCUUGUCUGGUCGUAUAGUUGGUGGGGUCUGGUGGUUUUUCACCCUGAUUAUCAUCUCUUCUUACACGGCCAAUCUAGCUGCAUUCUUGACGGUAGAGAGAAUGGUGUCUCCCAUAGAAAGUGCUGAAGACUUAGCCAAGCAAACAGAGAUUGCUUAUGGAACUCUAGAUGCGGGCUCUACUAAAGAAUUCUUUAGGAGAUCUAAAAUAGCGGUUUUUGAGAAGAUGUGGACGUACAUGAAGUCAGCUGAGCCCUCUGUUUUCGUGCCGACAACAGAAGAGGGGAUGAAACGUGUGAGGAGAUCCAAAGGGAAGUAUGCCUACCUGCUAGAGUCUACCAUGAAUGAGUACAUUGAGCAGAGAAAGCCAUGUGACACCAUGAAGGUGGGAGGUAACUUGGAUUCCAAAGGCUAUGGCAUUGCAACGCCAAAAGGUUCACCACUGAGAGGUCCCGUAAACCUAGCGGUUUUGAAACUCAGUGAGCAAGGCGUCUUAGACAAGCUGAAAAGCAAAUGGUGGUACGAUAAAGGGGAGUGUGGAAGCAAAGACUCCGGAAGUAAGGACAAAACAAGUGCUUUGAGUCUCAGCAACGUGGCCGGUGUUUUCUACAUCCUCAUCGGUGGGCUUGGACUAGCCAUGCUGGUUGCCUUAAUCGAGUUUUGUUACAAGUCCAGAAGUGAAUCAAAACGGAUGAAGGGUUUUUGUUUGAUCCCACAGCAAUCAAUCAAUGAAGCCAUAAGGACAUCAACCCUUCCCAGAGCAUCUGCAGCAGGGACCAGCAGUGGCGAAAAUGGACGGGUGGUGAGCCACGAUUUCCCCCAAACCAUGCAGGAGAUUCCAUGCAUGGGUGACAACUCUGGGAUGUCCCUGGGAGCAACAGGGUUAUAACUGCCCUUGACAGAUCUUCUGGGUGAGAGCGGGGUAUUCCUAGCCCCAGCCUCUCCAGUGCUGAACCAAACCAUUCAAGAAGAGGGGCAAUGCAAUGGAUCUUCCAAAGGAAAUCAGAUCUAUUUUCCUUUCUUUUUCUAUGUGUGUGUGUGCAUGUGUGUGUAUGUGUCAUUUAUUUUACAGUAAAUCCAUAGACAGAAGAAAGUACAACCUGUACUGCAAUAAGGAAAGGGCAACAGGACUGAACAGAAAUUGGAGACAUCCCUGAGUACACGGUUACAGGAACACUGAGGAAGACAGCGCCAUUUUGUUUUUAACUUGGUUGUUAAUAAGUUCUUAGUGUGUGCAAUAUACAUUUUUCUUACUAAUUCCCGUGACACCAGGGUAAUAUCAGCCCUGUCCUGCUCAACAGUUCAAAAUCAGGUUUAGUUUGGGAUGCAAACCAUAAAUGUCUGUGCUACUAACAAGAAAAGGAAAAUAAAUGAAGAGACAUCGUUCGAGAGAACAGGACUCUAUGGUGUUUUACAGCUGUUGCAACAAGGCUGCCAUUGAAAGAGCUCACCAUUCCACUUUUGAAUGAAGGACUUUGAGAAAAGUUGAAAGGGAAACCUGACAUUGUGAAACUCAUGGAAAGACUUCUGAAAACGAGGCCAGUAGUUGAAUUGUGGAUUUGGGAUGAGCCAAGGGAAAGGUGACAAAGGUGAUCUUUAUUCCAGCAUUUAAAAGUGGUUAUUGGAGUGGCUAAUUGAAUUGUAAGAGUGGGAAAUGUAUCACUUCCCAGAAUGUACACCUGACAGGUUACCACAUGGACAGGUUAGUAGCCGCCUCAGCCCAUAGCCAUUUGCUACAUAUGGUGUGGGCAAGGGGGAAAACCAUGAAAAUUCAAAACAGAUAUAUUGCAUUUCCUCCAUGCCUACCUUCUCAGAAGUGAAGAGGCAAUUAUCGUACAUUUUCCACAUUUCUGUAAGGUUUUUUUUCAUGGUGGUCUUUGAAUAGAGACCCAUUUAUCAAUAGUUAGUCAGACUUAAGACACCAGAGCUGUCCUCUGAAAUCUGGCUUUUUAGUCUAUGUGAGCCACACCUGGUGGGCAUUCCAUAGAAUAACUGGGCCACAUUAGAAUUACUCAGACAUGAAAAUAAAGACAUUAAGAUUUCAGUGAGUGAUGCCAACAAGGAAGGGCAUUCACCUAAAUACAGCCUUCCAUAAUAUUCACUUGCAGCUGGCCCCGAUUCUUUCUUUUAAAAUCAGUUUCAGGAGUUAAGUCUUGGCCAGCAGCAUUAUGACAAAAGCCAACAGACAUGGUUUCCAUCUCAUCUAUCAUCAUGCGGGGAAGUGGAACAUGCAGAACUGACCAGCUGGUACCCUGCUUGCUAUUGAAAACUUUGUCUCACAUCCAAAAACCAAGCCUGCAAUGAAACACUGAAAUCUACAAAGCUGACUAAGCACAAGAAAGUGGACUUGAUAGCAGUAGUUCCCCCUGUCAUGUGUGCGUUAGCAUCUACAUUGAAACAAAAGCUUCAUUUGUGUGUGUGUGUGUGUGCGUGUAUGACAUCACCACCAUCUACAGUGAAAUUCUUGAGCAAUGUGAAAAGCAUUCCCCUGCUGAAAAGUAUGUUAAAGGGGAGUACCUCCUACUCCAUUAAAGGCUUGGAGGAGGCCCAAGCCUUCCCUUAAGAAUUCCCAUCCUCAGAUAUGCAUUUGCCCAUGACUGGAUGGUAACUCCAAACCUUUUAAGGGGCUAAAACGUCCUCCAAGUGCCAGUGCAAACCCAGCAGUUUAACAAAAACUUGUUAUACCUUGUUAUACUGAGACCUGCAGGUAACUUAAUGCAUAAAACAGGAGACAGGAAUGGAGGAAACAAGAAUUGACAAGAAGGAACCACAGGCUUCAGACAGACAUGGCUUUACUGUGGAGAUCAUCAAGAAAUAGCGUGUUUCAGAUUUAUUUAUUUUUAUUAACAAGUGCAACUGGCAACUGGCUCUAAAACAGGAAAGCUUUCAUACACAACUUGUUGUGGUUGUACAGUGUCAACAGCCAUUAAAGACUGGUCUCUAGGAACUGAUUUUUCCACAAAACACUUUGUUGCCCUCCCUCCACCUUUCAUCUUGAGAUGGUGCAUUUGUAAGACUGUCAACACAGAAACUGCAGCUCCCCUUAAGAGGGCACAGCAUGCCUAGUGCCUAUUUGUUUUCUUUCAGUGCCAAUGGAAGUCUUUCUGUCUUCAUCUUUUCAUCCAGCUCUCUGUCAAGAUUGGAUCUCAGCCUCUGAUAAUAACUCUUCACAGUCUCGUUGUCAGUGUGUGAUUAUAAUUUUUCCCCAAUUUUUAUAUCUGCCUUUUGUUACCUUUUUUUAAGUUUAGUUCUGUGUGUGUGGCUUAUGGUACACAGGGCUCACCAAAUCAAGCCUGCUUUUUAUGGAAAGAUCUUUUGGAUGUCCACAAAAGUGUGAUAUGUCUUUCAAUCUCAAAAACAUUCAUAGCUCCCAGUAACUAUUUUCCACCUUAAAGUGCAGUGGAAAGAGAGUACAAGGGUUUCCUUCUGUAUGGAUUAAAAACAAGUCUUAUAAAACUUUUUUAAAAAAACAACAACAUAUUUCUGUUGACUUUAUGGCAAAGGAAUCAAAGAGACCUAUGUGAUAAUUGAGCCAGCCAGUAAACUGGGUUUAUGGGAUGAACCUUCUGUGAUAGGACAAAUGCCUGUGACAAUAGGACAUGAAACACAAGUUUUGAAUGUUUUUGAUCAGUGGAAGGGUGGGAGGAGAAAAAGAAGAAUGACACAGAAGAAGAGGGGAAAUGUUAACUUGUAAUAUGUAUUUUUAAUACACUUUUCUUAAAUAUAGAAUAAUGGGAUUGGGGGAGGGACAUUGACAUUUUUCUCAACAAGAAUCCAUAUUUAACAGUUUUGGCUUUCAUUAAAUUUUGCUCUUUGGUACCUGGA